AUGCCGCCUGAACGACAGCCGCGCACACAGCGCAUCGUGCGCGUCCGCACCGGAUGUUGGUCCUGUCGUCGCCGCAAGAAGAAGUGCGAUGAGACCCGUCCGAUCUGUGCGGGCUGUAGGCGGAACGAUCUUCAGUGCGAGUGGCCUUUGAAUGCGUGUGAGAGGAGGGUCUCGAGUCCGGCACACGGUGCCCUGGGGCCUUUCUCCACUGACCGACGGACAAGCUAUGCUGGUUCGAUCGAAGACCUCAACGGGAUGCAAUUACCCGUCAGCCCAAUGUCUGCGCGCCAUUCAUCCGCGUCGUCGAGCGCGGGCCUUUCCACGAUCGUCGAGGAGCAGCUAGCACAGACCCAGGUACAGGCUCAGGCCCAGGCCCAGGUACAGACACAAGUAUCAGCUCCGACGCCAGUUCCCGUGCCUGAAGAGGUUAUCGAUAGCCGCGAGAAUACCUCGGGCGAGAAUGAAAACGCCACUCCCACUAGUCUAGCUGUGGGUCAUGUCCUACCGAGGACCAUGUCCAUGUUACCUGGAUAUGAUCCCGAGAGCUAUGGCCUAUUGUCGCAUUAUCUUUCCAAUACGGCCGACGUCAUGGCCAACGGGACUACGCCUAUCAAUCCAUUUCUGGUCCAGAUUGUACCGCUGGCAUUCAGUAGCGAUUUACUGCUGCAGCUCGUCAUCGCUCAAAGUGCUGCGCAUCGCGCCUUUCGACGAAGGGACGAUUCUGACGCGGUGGCAAGUUCGCAUUAUACCAAAGCUAUUCAAUUAUUUCGGCACGGUGUGAGCGACUUUAUUGAGGGCAAGGAGUCAAAUCCGUUGAUGUUGUUGGUAGGAGCAUUGCUCAUGUGCUUCACAGAGACGGCAAAAGGUGACAUGACCGGCACGGUCUUUGAUCACUUAUCCGCCGCGCACACUCUUCUCGUGAAGCUGCUCGAACAAAGUGACACGGCUGUCCCACGAGAGCUCAAAAACUUUGUCAUUGAGUACUACGUCUACACCGCGACUGUCAGCAUGAUCUCCAUCGAUGCGCGUCUCAGUGGUCAGCUCUUUUUAAAUUUUGACCUCGAGCAACGCGCUCGGGAAAUCUUACGGACGCAAUAUGUGGGCAAUCUGUGUGGCUGCUGGCUCGAAUUGCUUCUACUGAUCCCAUGCAUAUUCGAUCUGGGACGUCAAUGGAUGAUGGAAGAUGCCCCAUCCACCUUGCCGACAGCCGAUGACCUCGCCAUGUUCGCGUCGAUUCAAGCUCAAGUUCUGCGCUGGUCGCCAUACUCGUUUGUUGAUCCCGAAGUUUACUUAGCCGGUCUAGUGUUUCAACAAGCCAUGCUCAUCUACCUAUAUACCUCGGUCGGUGGCUAUACUUACGCUCCGGACGGAAUGUAUCGAGGCCUCGUUCAGACCGCAGUCACGGAAACACUAUCUUACCUGGACAAGAUCUCACCACAAGCUCGAAUCAACUCCGGACUUUGUUGGCCGAUUGCCGUGGUUGGCUCGUGUCUGGAACAGCCCGAGCAGCGGGAAUCGAUGCGGGCACGAUUGACGGCAAUGGUGAGCCAUUUUGGAUUGGGGAAUAUGCAGCGCACCCAGCUACUUCUUGAGGCCAUGUGGGAGUUGCGCCCGGCUGAUGCAGGGCCCUGGAACAUCUGUCGCACCAUGCAGGCAAAACAGAUCUGGAUUUCCUUUGCGUGA